AAAAGAGAAGAUCCAGAUGUGUUCUGUAUACAAGAGACAAAAUGUCAAGAGGAAACUCUUCCUAAGGAAGUAAAAUUUUCUGGAUAUCACACUUACUGGGCACAUGCUGAGAAUAAAGCCGGCUACAGCGGUGUUGGACUUUGCAGUAAGACAAAGCCUAUAAAAGUAACAUAUGGCAUAGGUAUUUCAGAGCAUGACAAUGAAGGACGAGUAAUAACAGCUGAAUUUGAUGACUUCUAUUUAGUAACAGCCUAUGUUCCUAAUUCAGGACGUGGACUUCCCAGGCUUGGCUAUCGACAGGGAUGGGACAAAGACUUUACAGAAUACCUGAAGACCCUUGACAAAAAGAAACCAGUUAUUCUGUGCGGUGACCUUAAUGUAGCUCACAAAGAAAUAGAUCUUGCGAACCCUAAGACAAACACGAAAACGGCUGGCUUUACCAAAGAAGAGCGACAAGGGUUCACAGAGCUGCUUGAAGAGGGCUUCGUGGAUUCAUUUCGUCAUUUUUAUCCCAAGAAAGAGAGGCAGUAUUCGUUUUGGUCGUACAUGGGCAACGCUCGUGCUAAAAACGUUGGCUGGCGCCUUGACUACUUUGUGGUGUCCGAGAGACUGGUACCUAAGAUGUGCGAUAGCCUGAUACGUCAGCGUGCUAAAGGGAGCGACCACUGUCCGGUUGUAUUACUGCUGGCUCUUUAGACAGCAUUAAACGAUUGUACUGCAAGCCAACGUUCUCAAUAACAUUAGACAUGUUCUCUUGUUGUUUACUAGUCCAGUUGUAAAAGAAAAAGAAAAGGUUCAGAAGCUGCCAUCGGACUUAUUCAUGGAUUUUAGGAUAUUUGAUAUGAAAACCCAGAGGAAUGUUCAGUAAUUGUUUGUUAACGUAGACCCCACAGUUAUUGUUGUUCAAUUUUCAAAGUAUGACUGAAGCAGUUUAUUAUUUACUUACUUUGAAUAGGCUCACCAAUAUCGAUCAAUCGAAAGUCUAAAGGGUAAUGUUAGUAAAGCUGUUCACGAUGGUCACGAAUUUUAUCAAUAACCAAGUACGUUUGCAAUAGGGGACUAAAACUAUAUACAAUAAAAAGACAUGUUGUGCGCAA